UGUCCCGCGCAGAGGGUUGGGGAGUGUUUCUCCAUUCACCCGAGGUCCGUGCACACCAACACACCUGCAGGACAGGACACUGAACAGCUUGAGCCGAAGUCACAGGAGCCAGCAGCAGUCGAAAGGAUCGCGUUGGCGUGUGCGGAUGUGUUUUUGGUGGUGUUGGCAAACCCUGGCCCCCGGGGGGUACGGCCACAUAGCUCCACGUGUGCGGGUUUUCCGUUUUCCGAACCGUCGCCUUGGCACACACAGUUGGCAUUUCGCUUGAAUAAAGUGACACGUUAAUGCAGUGUGUAGUGCGUGUUUUUACAUUAAACAUUGUACUCGGAAUGUAGUACGGAUAUGUCAAACCGUUAGUGUGUCUGUCUGCAGGAUAAAAAGCCCAAUAAUGGGCAGCCAGAGCAGUGCGGAUGGUCCGUCCGUAAACGGACCCCCAAGCCCAAGAUCCUGCCCAAGAACCACUCUGCGUGCCAACCCUUGCCCAGCAGAGGAGCCGAGUUUGAGUGAAUGAAAGGGGAAGAAUAAGAAAAAGGGGUUACUAAAGAAGAAGAAGAAGAAGACCGAGAAGAAGCAAACGCGAACAGUGUGCGCCGCCAACGCCAACUUUGUCAAUCAGUUCGUGCGAGCGAUAGAGGGCAGUGCAAAGUGGGCGCAGGCGGGUUGUUUCGGUUCGGGAAAAUCGGUCACGAAAGUUUUUCGGCAUUCAAUUGAUUUUCACUACAACUAUCAUUCGAAAGGGGGGGGCGACGCGGUAUAGCCGACGUUGUGUGUGUGUGUGUGUCUGUGUGAGAGAGAGAGAGAGGGAGAAAUAGAGUGUGCUCCACAGUGUCUGUGUCGUUUGAUGUGGGCCUCGGUGUACGGCGAGCGGGGAGCAAACAACGGAGACAGUUAGAAAGGACUACCACCACCACCACCACCCUUUUCACCAAGACAGCUCAUAAACAACUUUAUGAAGCGCAUGAAUUACAAACGGCUGCACUGCAUCACUACUACAGCGGAGGACGGAAUCCUAACGAAAGGACGACUCCCUACCACUGUGCUGAAGGACUUUCCACCGUUCUUGUGCCGAGUGACAACCAACCUUUUCGUCAGUCUUCAUAGCCUGUAUCCGAGUGUGUUUGUGUGUGUGUGUGUGUGUGAGACAGGGAUCUGAAAAGUAUUGUCCAGGAAGUGUCCUCAAAGUGUUGACCGCAGCGCGUACGAUGCACCGUACCAUCCCGGUGCUGACUGUGCGGAGAGCGAAACGACGCGCAAAGGGCACACUCCGUGAGGCGGUGAGCUGUCAAUCAGCAAUCCGCACAAGACAGGCUGGCAAGGUUAUUGCGGAGGAAACAUCCUACAGCAACUAACAGAAAGAAAAAAAACGAACAGAGGAAAUAAGCAGGUCACAGCCGCAGGCAGCACAAUGAGCACCUCGAAGAUGCGGGGAAAGUCGGCCCUCCACAUCAACGACGGUAUCAUCGGCACGGGUGCACCGACGGCGGGUGUGGUGACCGGCGGGGGUCCGGGUCCACCCGCCGCCCUCCUAAAGAUCGAAUCCGUCGUGCCAAAGCUGAGCAGCCGGGUCGGGAACGGUCCCGGCUCAAGUCUGGCCCUAGCGGCGGCGGGCCACUCCACCCGCCUGCGCACCUUCCACCGGUCGCACAGUACGCUCAGCUCGUCCUACCUGCGGAAGGUGACGGCGGCGGCGGCCGCCGACUACAACCGGCAGCAGCGUAUCCAUCCGACCGGGGGCGCCACCAUCCGCCCGGAACCGAUCUGCGAGCGGGGCGGCUACGGUGGCCCAUCGCCACCACCACCGCCACCGCCACAAGCGGGAGCAGUAGCAGCGGCAUCACAAUCAACCCACGACACGACCGGGCAUCAUGCGCUGCUGGCUGGGUACGCCGAAACACCGCCCCUGGACAGUACGCUGAUCGUGCAGAACGGCGUCCCGAGCAUCAGGCGCUCGCAGAAGGAUCGCGAGAAGCACCCGGACCGGGUCAACCUCGACCGGAAGGGGCUCAGCUCGAUCCCGCUCAUCGAGGACGAGCCAAACCUGCGGCUGCUCUCGCUGCAGCACAAUCUGAUCAACGCGUUCCACAUCCCACCGGAAGCCGACCCGAACAACAAUCUGCCGACCACCAGGGGGCAGCACCAGGGUGCAGUGGUGUCGAAUGGAGAGCUUAAGCCGGCCACGGCGCACUACUACCCCGCCGCGGCCAGCAGUCCACCGACACCGACCAAACCCUCGCCCAGCGGUACGCCGACGAACGGACCUGCCUCCUCCUCCUCCUCGUCCACCGCUUACGGGCCAGCGGCCACGAAACCCUCCGCCAAGCAGUUCCUCCGGCAGAAGUCAACCUCGCGCGGGCAGCUGCUAAUGGGCACGAAUCUGGCCUCACUGGCCGGGCCCGGCGGGAACGGAAACUCCGUGGCGAGCAGCUUCAUCCAGAGCAAGAUUACGAUCGGUAGCAAGCAGCCGGCGGCACCGAAUGGUGCUCCCCAGUCAACCGGCCCCAUGUCCGGGGUGUCGCCGCACCUUCAGAAACCGCCAGCGACAGCUGCCUCCACCGGCAACGGCUCAACGGGCCCGAUCGCCAUUACGGCGCAUCAGAAAAGUUUGCUCAAAAAGUCCAACAGCUUCAUCGGCGGACCGAGCAUGUUCCUUACCGGUGGGCCGGGGGCCACACAGCCCGCCACGCCAAAUGGGGCCACCAUGACCACCACCACCUCCAAUGGGAUGUUGAAGAUGCGGGCCGGCAAGCUGCUGCUGGUGCCCUCCUUUAGCAUCGAUAAUCUGAGCAACAUCGCCGAGCUGCCUGCCGGCGGUGCGGGCCUUGGCGAGCAGGACUACUUUAACGGACAGUCGAGCAGCAAUGGCAGCGCGGGCAACAGUGGCAAAACAACGCCCACCAGCACCGGUCCGCCGGUGGUGCCACCGGGGGCGGAAAGUGUGGUCCCGCCGGCGUUCGUCACCCGCUACAACCUGAGCAAUCUGGUGUUUCUCGACCUGUACGACAACCAGAUCGAGAAGAUCUCGUGUCUGGACGGGCUCAAAAGCCUGACCGUGCUGCUGCUCGGCAAGAACCGCAUCACCGACAUCGGGGGGCUGGUGUCACUCAAGAGCACGCUGCGCGUGCUCGACCUGCACGGCAACAAGAUCAGCAACAUCAGCGGCAAGAUCUGCCAGCUGCAGGAGCUAAAAUCGCUCAACCUCGCCGGGAACGCGCUGCGCCAAAUCCAGGCGCACGACUUUGCCGGCCUGUUCAGCCUGAAGGAGCUGAACCUGAAGCGGAACCGCAUCAAGAAGCUGUUCGGCUUCGACGAUCUGCACCAUCUCGAGCGGCUCUGGCUGUGCCACAACGAUCUGCAGUGCGUGGAGGAUAUGGCGGCGAUCGCGAAAGCGAUCAACCUGAAGGAGGUUACGAUCGAGAACAAUCCGGUCUCGCUCGCCGGCGACUGCGUCUCCUUUCUCGUCAGCUACCUGCCCGGGCUGGUGUCGCUGUCGCAGAUGCAGAUCACCGAGCAGGUGCGCCGGGCCGCCUCGGCCUGGCGCCGCAACAAGGAGCUGUCGGACAGCAAGUACUCCAACCUGUCGUCCGACGUCUGCCAGAGCAUGCGGCGCGAGGAGAUCAUCUCGAACGCGCGCACCAACUGGGAGCUGCUCCGGUCGCAGCAGUCGAUGGCGAUCGCACGCGGCACCCAGCGACCCGCGGCCGGCGGGAAGGAGGUUGCGAAGGAGCCGGACGGCGGUAUGCUGCUGGGCGAUGGUGCAAUACUGCCACCGGGCGAUCAAGGUGUGACGUCCGCGGUGGAAAAACCGACCAAAAAGGGCGCGAAUGGGGCGUCCUCACAAGGGACGCGACCGUUGCGACCCGCCAAUGGGAAGAAAAUGCCGUCCAACCGGAAGCCACUGGUGCGAUCUUCUUCGCAGGACAACUCAAGCUCGCAGGUGUCCGAGCAGGGCGGAGAAGAUUACUUCCGAUUGCCCCCGAUUUUGGCCCCGUUUUUAGAGCAAUCCGCACCGGCCGGUGGUAAAGGUGCGGGCGAAGGUGAGGCAUCUGUUACGUCCGGCGUGGGAACGCAUGCCGAUUCGAGCGUCUCCAGUGGUUUUAGCUCAGAAAACGAGGAACAGAUGAAUCUGGAGAAGGAAAUGGAGAAGCAGAGCACGCUGGUGGCGAGUGCAAACUCUACCCCGGAGAAGGAAACUGACCGACCGGAUGGGGUGGUUGCGGCACUGGGGAGCGCGUUGGAUGUGGCGGAAGACCCUUCCAGUUCCGGUGAUCCCGUUGCGCCUCGUGAUCUUCCCGUGCCGGAGGAGAAUGGAGCACCGCCAAGAGAGGAGUUGAAGUUGCCCGCCGCUUCGGACGACUGCCAACCGCCAAUCAGCAUGGCCGAUCCCUGUCCACCGCCCGAUCUGGACGCCAAUCUGGACAAGCUGUCCACACUGUCGACCGUCUCGACGAAGAGUGCCACCGAGUCGGUCAUCACCAAUGCGUCCUCCAACUCCUGCAACUCGGACUCGACCGGCUCCAACACGGACUCGGCCGGCAGCAGCUCGGCCGGUGGCAGUGGCAGUGCCGGUGCUGCCAGCAGCAACAGCAGCAGCAGUACGAGCGGCCCCACUCCCUCCCUAACGGCCGAGCGGGGCCGAACGCACAAGACGAAGCUGACCACACCGAUCAAGCGGUACGGCACGGGAACGCUCGCCCGCACGCAAACCGCCCGCAAUGCAUCCACGCUUCCGUCCGGCGGCACCACCAGCCUGGCCAACUCGUCCAAUCUGGCCCACGGCAACGCGGGCACGGGUGCGCCGCUCGCAAACGCCCCCAGCGGUACGUACGCCGGCAUACCGAGCAGCAACUAUGGGCCGCCGUCGGGUGCGUCGGGUGGCACCGGCCGCUCCGGCAAGUCGGGCGAACGGGAGCGGGAGCAGGGCGGCGACUAUCUGAUCGAGAUCUGCGGCCGCUACCUGAACGUGUACGGGCUCGGGGCCCUCCGGUUCAUCGACAAGCAGUGGAACAUGCAGAAGGCGUGCGACGUGCACACGGUUAAGUUUAGCUACAUCAACUUCAACAGCAUCACCGCGAUCCUGUGCCGCAUCAAGGUGCGGUUCGUCAAUGCGGAAAACUUCAUCUUCCGCGAGACGAACAUCGCCUGCCUCGGGCAGAUCAAUGCACUGGCGGAAAGCCAGGGCAUCGCGUCGCUCACGAUUGACCCGGAAGGCAAUCCGCUGGCGGGCCGGCCCUGGCGCAGCUACGCCAUCUACCGCCUGUCGCACUGGGGGCUGAAGCAGGUGAACGGGGCGGAGGUGACGCCGGAGGAGGUGCAGCAGGCGGAGGCGACGUACGCCGGGCUGUCCGAUCUGGUGCUGUGGUCCCUCCCGGAAGGGCUGCUGCAGCCGCUGCUGCAGCGGCUGCGGCUGGAGGAGACGGCCCACGCCUCGAAGAUGACGGCGAAGGAGUGGCUGAUGCAGGCGGACCCGUCGCUCAAGAACAUCGUCGGCAAGGAGGCCCUGCAGUGGAAGAAGCACAGCACCGCCCAGGACGACACGGCGAUGCGGGCGAAGGGCCGGGCGUACUUUGGCCGCAUGCUGGAGAACACGUGCAAUGCGGUCGAGAAGCUGCAGCGGCUGGAAACGAUGUGGCCGGUGCUGCUGCUCGAGAUGAUCCGGAACACGCUGAUCGACUACUCGCAGAUCGACGUGUACGUCAAGGGGAUGCUGGUCGAGCUGCUCAAGUAGGGAGGGGGGGGGGGGAGAGGGGAGCGAAUGCGGCGUUGCACGCAAACAUGUGUUCAGCAAACGCACGCGGCCUAACCGCCACGUGGUGAUUACAGGGGUUUCCAGGGGAUCUUAUAGUUGUGGGACACUUCCUACACUUUUUCCUAUUGGAAGUGAACUGCAAAUGUUGGAAAUUUGAC